GCUCGAUGACAUGAUGUUCCUGCCCGUCUCCCCUCCCCCCUCUUUCUCCCUCCCUUUUCUCCUACUUCUCCUCACUUUCCUCCCUUCUUCCCUCCUUUCCCGUUCACUCUCUCACUCCCCUCUGAGCUGGACUUCUCCCCAUGACCCCUGCUACCACCUGGAUGGGCGUCCGCGACACUGCCUGUCGGAAUUCAUCAAUGCCGCCUACGGUGUCCCUGUCAGUGCCGCCCACUCCCUCCGAGGACCUCCUGACCAAAAUGCUGUUAAUGUCAGCUCCCUCACGGACCUCCACAACCCUUACAACCUGACCUGCUGGACAGCCCAGGUGGGAGGCCCCGACGAUGGGGACUGGGUUCUCACCCUCCCCCUGGGCCGGCGCUUCGAGGUCACCUACAUCAGCCUGCAGUUCUGCCAGCAGGGGGAGCCGUCGGAUCCGGUCUCCAUCUCUGUGCUCAAAUCCAUGGACCACGGGCGCACCUGGAGGCCCAUGCAGCAUUACUCCAGCGACUGCCUCGGGAGGUUUGGGCUCCAGGCCCAGACGGUGGCCCAGACCAGACACCAGGAGACAGAGCCUCUAUGCUCAGAUCCCCGGCCCCUGCAGAGGCACCGGGGUGGCAUGGUGCUGGCCUUCUCCACCCUGGAUGGAAGGCCCUCCUCCCCAGACUUUGACUACAGCCCCACCCUGCAGGACUGGGUGACGGCCACGGACAUACGGGUGGUCUUCCACCAGAUGACCCAGUUCCAGCAGACCAAGUUGGGGAGUUCGGAGGAUAGGGGGGUGGGUGAGGGAUUGGGAGCAGGUAGUGGGGUUCUGAGGUGGAGGGUGGGGUCGAAGAAUGAAGCUGUGGUGGGUCAGGUGAAUGGGGACAACAACGCUUGGGGGUUUGUGGAAAAGGAUAUGAAAAAGACAGAAAAACAAGGGAGGAGCAGAGGAGAGAAAAUGGACAAAUCCGGGCGGAGGGGUCACAAUAAAGGGUCGGGGGGUCAGGGAGAGGACGGACACAAUGUGACCCGGAAGGAUUUAGAACGAGACACUCAGGAAAUGGACACCUCCAAGAGAGGGAACGGUAAAGGAAAAGGGCGUGGCCGCAAAAGGGAGGGGGGCCACCAUUGGAGUCCGUGCCAGGAAGGCGGCGUCUGUGAUUGGACAAUCGAGGGCCAGGGGCGGGACAAUAAGAGGCGGGAACUGAGGAGGAGGAGAAACAACAAUCGGAACUCCAAAGCGAGAGCGAAUCAGAAUCUCCAGCUAGCUCCUCCCUCCCCACUGAUCUCCGCCCCCCCUGUCAGGCCCCCCCUGGCCCUCUCGGACCUGCAGGUGGGUGGCAGGUGUAAGUGUAACGGGCAUGCCUCGCGGUGUCGUCAUGAUGACACGGGACGGGCGGUGUGUGUGUGUGAGCACCACACAGCGGGGGCAGACUGCGACGUAUGUGAGGACUUCUACUAUGACAGGCCCUGGCAACGAGCCACGCCCAGUCAGCCACACCCGUGCGUCCGUGAGUCACACCCCCCCCAUUACUGUGUGUUUGUUUGUGCGUCUGCAUGUGUGCAUGCAUGUCUGUGUGUAAUGAGUGCAUAUUGGAUCAUGGAUGUAAACUUUACUACCUUUACUGAAAUUCAUUCACUCCCCCCCCCCCCCCCCCCCCACCCCCCCACCCUCUCUCCUACCCCCAGCAUGUGAGUGUAACGGCCACUCCUCUAAGUGUCGGUUCAGCAUGGAGGUGUUCCAACAGUCGGGCCGGCGCAGCGGGGGGUUGUGUCUGAAGUGUCGGCAUCAUACAGCAGGACGCCACUGCCAGUACUGUCAGAACGGAUACGCCCGCGACCACGGCAAGCUCCCCAACCACCACAAGGCCUGCCAAUGUCAGUCAGAGAGAGGGAGAGAGAGAAAGAGAGAGAGAGAGAGAGAGAGAGAGAGAGAGAGAGAGAGAGAGAGAGAGAGAGAGAGAGAGAGAGAGAGAGAGAGAGAGAGAGUGUGUGUGUGUGUGUGUGUGUGCGUGUGUGUGUGCGUGAGCAAUAAAGGUGUCUGUAUUAGGUCGCACUGACCAGCUGUGUAUCUUAUCCAUGCAGACGUGUGUGUGUGUCCAAGUGUGUGUGCAUAUGCAUCUGUUAGGAUAUCUGUUUCUCUUUGUGUAUCUGCCAGUCUAAAGGGUUUGUCUACAUGUGUCUGUGUUCCAGCCUCCUCAGUGUUUAUGAGGUGGUUACAUUGUGACAUAGGACAGUUAUUCCUGUUAGGGUUACAAACAUACCCUUUAUGCUUGACUGGAUCUAGUGUCUAUGUUGUUACCACUGGCUAGAAUCCAUACUGACUUUUGACCUUUGACUGGUCACAUGUCCCAAGUGACUGUGACACUCUGGCAUGCUCAUUGGGCGGUUGACCUAAGUCCUAAUAUAACCACUGUUAAUGGUGUGUGGUUAGGUCAUGCACACGACACAUGCAGGUGUGUGUGUGAUUGAGUGUGUGUUGUACAAGUGCAAGGGGUUUUUAGUUAAAGCAAUAUUGGAGAACUUGAGCUGGAUAUUUUAGCCUGGAUUCUAGUCUGUUUCAGCUCUGGCCAACUCCUUACGGAGUGAUUCCUCACGAAACCAGGACAAAAAAAGACCAUGAUUUUUUUUUACAUUUCACGAAAUUGUAUCCAUAGAAUGGUCCUUUGGAGGAAGGCUUGUUGACAUAUAUUUCACAUUUGUAUCUAAAAGCAUGAUUGAGAAAUAAUUAUUCAAAGUUGGCAUAUUUAUGAAAUGUUGGCCUUACCCAGACCUCCUUCAAGACUCCAUAAUGUUUCAUCUGUAGAUGCUACAAAGCAUGAAACAUUGUCAUAUAGGCUUUACAGCUUGCUCUGUAAUAGGAGUAGCAUUCUUAUUUCAAUAGCAUUUUUUAAAAAAACAUUAAUUUAGGAAUAUUGAAAAAUAUAAACAUGAAUAUUGAAAAUAUACCAUUUUAGAUUUGGCAAAUUGCUCAAUAUAUUGUUGAACAUAAUAUACUCUACGGACAUACAGUUGAAGUCGGAAGUUUACAUACACUUAGGUUGGAGUCAUUAAAACUUGUUUUUCAACCACUCCACUCAUUUCUUGUUAACAAACUAUAGUUUUGGAAAGUCGGUUGGGAUAUCUACUUUGUGCAUGACACAGGUCAUUUUUCCAACAAUUGUUUACAGACAGAUUAUUUCACUUAUAAUUCACUGUAUCACAAUUCCAGUGGGUCAGAAGUUUACAUAUACUAAGUUGACAGUGCCUUUAAACAGCUUGGAAAAUUCCAGAAAAUGAUGUCAUGGCUUUAGAAGUGUCUGAUAGGCUAAUUGACAUCAUUUGAGUCAAUUGGAGGUGUACCUGUGGAUGUAUUUCAAGGCCUACCUUCAAACUCUGUGCCUCUUUGCUUGACAUCAUGGGAAAAUCAAAAGAAAUCAGCCAAGACCUCAGAAAAAAAUUGUAGACCUCCACAAGUCUGGUUCAUCCUUGGGAGCAAUUUCCAAACGCCUGAAGGCACCACGUUCAUCUGUACAAACAAUAGUACGCAAGUAUAAACACUAUGGGACCAUGCAGCCGUCAUACCGCUCAGGAAGGAGACGUGUUCUGUCUCCUAGAGAUGAACGUACUUUGGUGCGAAAAUUGCAAAUCAAUCCCAGAACAACAGCAAAGGACCUUGUGAAGAUGCUGGAGGAAACAGGUACAAAAGUAUCUAUAUCCACAGUAAAACGAGUCCUAUAUCGACAUAACCUGAAAGGCCACUCAGCAAGGAAGAAGCCACUGCUCCAAAACCGCCAUAAAAAAGCCAGACUACGGUUUGCAACUGCACAUGGGGACAAAGAUCGUACUUUUUGGAGAAAUGUCCUCUGGUCUGAUGAAACAAACAUAGAACUGUUUGGCCAUAAUGACCAUCGUUAUGUUUGGAGGAAAAAGGGGAAUGCUUGCAAGCCGAAGAACACCAUCCUGACCGGGAAGCAUGGGGGUGGCAGCAUCAUGCUGCAGGAGGGACUGGUGCACUUCACAAAAUAGAUGGCAUCAUGAGGAAGGAAAAUUAUGUGGAUAUAUUGAAGCAACAUCUCAAGACAUCAGUCAGGAAGUUAAAGCUUGGUCGCAAAUGGGUCUUCCAAAUGGACAAUGACCCCAAGCAUACUUCCAAAGUUGUGGCAAAAUGGCUUAAGGACAACAAAGUCAAGGUAUUGGAGUGGCCAUCACAAAGCGCUGACCUCAAUCCUAUUGAACAUUUGUGGGCAGAACUGAAAAAGCAUGUGCUAGCAAGGAGGCCUACAAACCUGACUCAGUUACACCAGCUCUGUCAGGAGGAAACUGAGUUUAAAUGUAUUUGGCUAAGGUGUAUGUACACUUCCGACUUCAACUGUAUCAAAGUUCCAGAGUGGGAUCUCUGCUACUUUUAGAGGUAAGAUCCAAUUUGUAAGCAUUACCAACAGCGGGAAUGUGAAAAUGGAUUCAAAAUGGUCGCCCUCUGCUGGUGAUUUGCAGGAUGUGCAAUGAUUCAAGUAAAAAUUUGGGCUGUGAUUGGUUACAUUGCCUACUAUGCCAAUUUCUCUGUAUAAAAUGGGCCAUAACUUUAACACUAGCAGAGAUCCCACUCUGGAACUUUGAUAUGCCCUCAGAGUAUAUUAUGUUCAACAAUAUAUUGAGAAAUGUGCCAAGUCAAAAUAUUUGUUUUUUCAAUAUUCAUGUUAUAUUUUUCAAUAUUCAUAAAUUCAUGUAUUUUUUUAUUGAAAUCAAAAUACUACUCAUAUUACAGAGCAAGUGGUAAAGCUUCAUAUGACACAAUGUUUUGCUUUGUAGCACCUACAGAUUAAACAUUAUGGAGUCCUAAAGGAGGCCUGGGUAAGGCCAAAAUGCCAUAAAUAUACAAUACAAAACAACUUUAUUGUCCAUUAGUUACACAGAACAACUGAAAUGUGUCUUCUGCUCCAUUCUCAAUCCACCCCAGAUUUCUCAAGUAUGCUUUUAGAUAGAAAUGUUAAAUAUAUGUCAACAAGCCUUCCUCCAAAGGACCAUUCUAUGGAUUACAUUUCGUGAAAACCCCCAAAUCAUGUAAUUGUUUUGUCUUGAUUUCGUGAGGAAUCGCUCUAUGGUAUUGUCAUGCCAUGUUUGGCGUUACAAGGAGUUGAGAAUGGAGCAGAAACAGACUGGCACCCAAAGCUAUAGAUAUUUAUAGGCUAUAGCGAUGUAACUUAUCUCAGUUCUAUUAGUGCUAUUUAUUUGUCAUAAUAAUAUGUGAUUUAAUAAUCAAUGAUAGACAAAUCAACCAUGUUUAUUUGAUCAAUGUUCAGGUCAAGUCAACCUUUUUCCAAGCCUAGUGAUUUACACCUUAGUGACUUGCCUGUAAAGCUAAUUAUUUAAAGGUGUUUGGAGUAGCUGUAAGGGUUUGUAUAAACUACCUUACUGGAGGAAAAACAGACCUACUAAAGAAUGGCUUCCUCUUUCUCUGUGCCCUUUGUAUAAUCCCAACUCAACCGCAACUAGAUAGCGCUCUAGCGCGAGAGAGAUGGGAGAGAGAGAAGAGAGAGAGAGAGAUGAGAGAGACGGAGAGAGAGAGAGAGAGAGGAGAGGAGAGAGAGAAGAGGCGGCUGGGCAGGGAGAGACGAGAGAGAGAGAGAGAGGAAGGGGGACACGAGCGAGAAAGAGGAGGAGAAGAGAGAGAGAGGGGUGUAAUCUAUCUAUCUAAUCUCCUCUCUAUUCUCUCUUCUAUAUUCUAUAUCUCUUUCUAUAUCUCUUUAUCUCUCUCUAGCUCUCUUUUUAAAGUGUGUAGUUAGGCAUUCAUUGUAUCCUCUACUGCUAUAAGCACACUUGCUUAUUAUGUCAUAUUGAAAUCUGUGGCAAAUGGCAGAGAGAAGAUAGAUGGAGGAUAGUGAUAAGAGAGCUAGCUAGAAUGUGAAUGUCUAGAGGGCUUUCAUCAUAUUCUUAACGGCUUUUGGUGGAUGGAUGACCAGGGGACGGAUAAAGAAAAAGGAAGGAAAAGGAAAACAAAGGGGGAAAGGGAGGGGAAAAAAAUAGGUAGGGGAUACGUAAAGGAAAGGAAGGGCAACGAGCGCUCGCUAGAGCGAGCGAGAUAUAUAGCGAUCAAAAAAUAUAGAGAUAGCUCUCUCUCUCUCUAGAGCUCUCUGCAUCGAUAUCUAGAAGCCUCUCUCCUCUCUCUCUCUCUCUCUCUCUCUCUCUCUCUAGCUCAAAUUUCAAAGCCUGAUUAGCAUCCUAUGAUUAGCAUGAAUGAAAAGGAGCCCCAAUGUUACAAAAUAUGCAAAUGCUUGUUCUAGUUUUUUUGUCGAUUAGCAUUCAUCAUUUCUUUCCCUACAAUCCUUCAUCCUCUCGCUCUCUCGUUGUGUCAUGUUGUCACCCUAUGGGGGUGGGUCGCUGGGGUGUUUGUAAACAGGACAUCAGGACAGUGUUUGUGUCGGGUGGGGUGGGGUGGUAAACGGACUGAAGUGCAACGCCUGGCCCUGGCGACAAACAGGGGAGCCUAACAAAUAAGGAAAUGCAUCAGUGAAGUCAAAUUUUGUACUACCAUAGUCUGUCUGGAAACUGGCCUCCAUGUAGGGCCAGACAAUAUGUUUCUAAUGGGGAUUCUUGAAAGAAUGUGAUUGUCCUGGAGCUUUGGAACCAAAAUGUGACACGUGUUACUGCAUAGUUUUUGGUUUAUGUGGACUGGCCAACUAAGCCCAACUACAGAAUUUCAUAGUCACUUGAGUCUAGGUCUUACGGCCCUGGGUUGUGGUUGCCAAGUAGCAAAGGAAGCGCAUGGUACACUAGUGAUGUGACUGAAAAGCAAUGAAAUAGGGAGAGGAAAAACAUAGACGGGAGAGGAGAGAGAGAAGAGAGAGAGAGGAGAGAGGCAUCUCUCUCUCUCUCUCUCUCUCUCUCUCUCUCUCUCUCUCUCUCUCUCUCUCUCUCUCUCAACAUUUGUUUUUUAAUCAAAGCCUUUAUCAAACCUGUACAAAAGGAGCCACCCUCGGCUGACAAAAAUCUGUAUUAAUUUGUCCAAAUCGCCCUGGGUCCUCCCUCCUCUAAUUUCCAACAAUGUUAGUUUUACUGUUUCCACAACAGUGCUAAUCUAGGGAGCGCUUAAGGCCUAUAUGAGCAGGCCUUAUCUUCACUGAUUCCUAGAUCAGCUCGGACUGGGAUUUAACACACUUGAAUUCCUCUACACUCCUGCCGUCGUGGCCUUUGCUUUUGAACCUUAAUCAUGUGUGUUCGGUCUAAUCGCGGGAUGCAACAACCACAACAUGGAUUGGCCCGGGCAGCGACACUUUCUAAGCCCUAAUCAGGUGACAUGGGUCUGGGCUUCGCACCUGUCGCGCGCCCCUCAAGCGCUCCCCCCUCCCCCCUCGAUCAUAACUCUUCAUGUGAAAGGUGAAAGGAAGGUGUGAGUGAAAGUGAAAGGAGGGGAAGGAAGGGAACAGGGAAUAAAGAAAUAAUGGAGUAGAAAAGAAGCAGGAGUUGGAAUAGAAGAUUAAGAAAAACCGUGUUUGUUUUUUUGUGUUUUUACUACGGCUGAACCCCAUCUUAUGGAUUAUCUAUGCUCUCUCUCUAGAGAUUUUACCAACCCUUGUCAUCAUGAUAUCAUUGAAGAAUGGACAGAUCUAGCUACUUGACGCGAGGUUAUCGUCAUCAUCAUCGUCUCGCUCUCCUAUAUCUAUCUCAUCUAUCUCUCUCCCUCGUCCACCAAAAGCCAAGUUGAUGAGACCUCCUCAGCCACAAGGAAGCUAAACUCGCCCCUUAAAGCUAAAGUCAUCUCGGAAAAUGAGCAGGCUGUUAUAAGGAGAAGGGGGAGGAGAUGGUGGGGGGGGGAGUAUCCCUUGGCCGGUAGUGAAAAAAGGGGAGGGGGGGAAAAAACAAACGGGGGAAGGGGAAAAGAACGUGGAGGAAAGGUGAGGUGACUGGUGACAAAAAAAGGUCUCAGAUGAGGAGGAAAAAAAAAAAAGUAGGAAAAAAAAAAAAAAGAGGUAUGAACAACAAAACAAAAAAUCAAAGCUGAAAAAAAUGCGGGCACAGGAAAACAAGGGAAGGUUCUAGGAGUUCAUCCCCAGGUCAGUGCAACUUCGACCACCUUUGCUUGUCCUUGAGUAUGUGAGCAUACGCACGCACGCACGUGCAUGUGCCAACCCACAAUAUGAUUAAUCCCAACCCCAGUUCAGAACUAACUCUAACUCUGACACACUCAUCCUCCACCCUCCACUCUCCUGCAUGGCUUUUGGGGGGGGGGGGGGGGGGGGGGGGGGCUCCUACCCAGUUCAGCUGCGGAUUGGGGUUGUAGGGGUGUCAUUGACUGGCCCAGUUGUGUCAGAGAGGACAGGGACACAGGACAGAGUGAGGGACAGGGUAAUAUAUGGUCGGCCCCCGAAGCCACACACACACGUACUUAAAGCCAGGAUAAUAUAUGGAUAGCCCAGCAAGUGCACCCACACACAGGGACACACAUGCAGUCAAGCACACAAACACGUAAGGGUAAAAUAUGUUUAGUCCAGGUGUACAUGUGGUAGACUUUCACUUCUAGGGUCAUAAAGGUGACAUUAGACAGACAGACAACCAGAGAGACAGACCUGUGGUAUGACUAUACUCUGAUGCAUCUUUAUGGGUAAUGUUAGCCAGAGACAAAAACUCUGAAAAACCCAUUUUGCUCCAGAGUGAGUUUGUGUGUUUGUGUGUGUGGCUAGUCACAGGGGUGGAUUUCUGACUCUUUGAGGACCACACACACACCAAAUCAUCCUGACACACACUCAUCUUCCACAUGGGAAUUCCACAUGCACCGACAGGCAUUCACGCAUAGCACACAUAUUCACAUUCUCUCCCAUUCGACACACACACACAACCUGUCACUUAUAGUACACAAAGACAUGUCUGUAUAAGCAGGUUCAAGUUAAAAGGCAUUGUAUUCACACCCUGUCCCUGUCUAUUCUCAACUUUCACCUCUAUAUGACAUACAACAUGUCCUCCCGAGUGGCGCAGUGGUCUAAGGCACUAGAGAUCCUGGUUCGAAUCCAGGCUCUGUCGUAGCCGGCCGCGACCGGGAGACCCAUGGGGGGGCGCACAAGAUGUCCAGUGUAGGGGAGGGAAUGGCCGGCAGGGAUGUAGCUCAGUUGGUAGAGAAUGGCAUUUGCAACGCCAGGGUUGUGGGUUCGAUUCCCAUGGGGGGCCAGUAUGAAUAAAAAAAAAAAAUAAUGUAUGCACUCACUAACUAUAAGUCGCUCUGGAUAAGAGCGUCUGCUAAAAUGUAAAUGUGAUGUGUUUGUUUUUAUCCAUAAGGAAUCCAGGAGGUGACAGCCCCCACCACACCUGUGUACCAGCCCCAGUACAGCAUAGGUGAGCAGAGUUUGGAUUGAGAAUGAAAACACUAUUGCAAGUCUCAACACUAUCUUCUAUGUUGAACUGUAAUAUUCGGCCACAAUUUCAGUGGUCCGCAACCCUGGACCUGGGGAGUUACAGGGUGCACAGGCUUUUGUUUCAGCCCAGCACUUUCACACCUGAUCAAAAUCCUGAUCAGUGAUGAAUUAACUGAUUCAAGCAUUUUAGAACAAAAUAACUGUAACUCUUCUGGUCUAGAGUUGGUGACUGAUAACUUCACAAUUUGAUAGACGCUGUACCUUCUGUGAGUCUCAGCUGUUGUAAUCUACUGGACUGGUAGCUGUCUAGCUCCCUCUAGUGGUGAUAGGGGGGUGUUUAACCUAUUGCCGGACUCAAGAGAGGCAUCUGUUAGACAUAAGAUACUGUGAUGACAAAUAGAAGCAGGGCAUAUUGUAAUUAGUGGUACAGACAUGUGUCGCUGUGAGAUGCUCUCUCUCAUUCAAUACAUUCUCUCUCUCUCUCCCUCUCUCUCUCCCUUUCUCUCCCACUCGUUCUCUUGUCCCCCUCAACCUCCCCCCGCUCUCUCUCUCUCAGAUGAAGAGUGUGUAUCGUAUUGCCAGCCAUCGCUGGUUAAAGUGAGGAUGAACCUGGAGACGUACUGUCUAAAGGACUUUGGUAAGACCUGUAAAGUACAAUGACUUUGGCAUGACUGCAGAAUACAAUGGAGAAAGGAAGCACAGUAUCUCUCUCCUGAUAUCUCUCUGAGCUCGCUCUACUCUCGACAUCUCCCCCUCUCUAGCUCUCUCUCUCUCUCUCUCUCUCUCUCUCUCUCUCUCUCUCUCUCUCCCCCAGUCCUGAAGCUACAGGUCAGAGGGAUGGAGCGUUCAGGCCCCUGGUGGCAGUUCUCCGUCUGGAUCCAGACCGUGUUCCGUACGGGGUCUUCCUCCCGUGUUCGCAGGGGCCCUCAGGCACUGUGGGUUCCCGACCGUGACCUGGGCUGCGGCUGCCCCGCCCUCCAGGUGGGCCGCACCUUCCUGCUGAUCGGGGCCGAGGGGCGGGGGCGGAACUGGGGCCCAGAGGAGAGACGGCUGGUCGCCGAUAGAUCCACACUGGCUCUCCAGUGGAGGGAGCACUGGAACCCCAAACUGAGAGGGUUCAGGGGGCAGGACAAGAGGGGCCGCUGCCCCCCAAAAUUGCCCGGGGGUGUCGACCCCCACGGGGGCCACUCAAAGCACCAUCACUCAGAGUACACCCCACCUCACCUUGUGACAGAGAAAGAGACAGAGGUCAAGGUGCACCCACACACACAUUCACAUUCACACAAACCCUCAGAUUCUGUGAAAGACACGGAAGAGGAGGCAGAGAACUCUGUGGCGCUGGACACACACACUCAGACACAGUCCUCCUCACACCACAGACCUGAACCAUCACAAUCCCAGGAACAGCAACAGGAACAGACUCCAUCCCCCUCCACACCCAGUCUCAUAUGUUCCACCCAGACCCCUGUCUGAAAUGCAGGAGGAAAAAGAGAGAGAAAGAACAAGGGAUGAAGAAAUGAAGAAAUAUAGUCAAACA